AUGGAGCUUCCGCUUCCCUGUCGAAGUCGGUUUUUUUUCCCCAUCUCUUCUCUCAUCAUCAUUACUCUCCUGUCAUGCUCUGUGUUGGGUGUAAAUGGGAUUCCUGGGAAUGAAACCGAUCGACUAGCUUUGUUGGAGUUCAAAGCCUUCUUGAGUGACCCCCUCGGUGUUCUUGACUCGUGGAACAUCACCAUCCAUUUUUGCCAGUGGUACGGAGUUACUUGCGGCCGAAGGCACCGCAGAGUCAUAGCCUUGGACUUGCGUUCGCUAAACCUGGGAGGAAUUAUAUCCCCCAGUAUUGGGAACCUCACAUUCCUGAGGGUCCUCAACAUCCAGAACAACAGUUUCCACUCAAGAAUUCCUCCCGAAGUUGGUCAUCUAUACAGACUACGAGGUUUGCACCUUAAUAACAACUCGUUGGAUGGACCGAUUCCUCCAAGUUUGUCUCGGUGCUUCAAUCUCGUUAUACUUCGCAUCCAUUUCAACAUGCUUGCAGGGAAUUUACCUACAGAGCUUAGCUCCUUGUCGAAGCUCAAAGGGCUUAUUUUGUACGCGAAUGGUUUCACUGGGCCAAUCCCUGGUUCUUAUGGAAAUUUGUCAUCUCUCGUGAAUCUUGGGACAACGCGAAAUGAACUCGGUGGCAUGAUUCCAGAUACGUUAGGCAACCUGCAAAACCUAAAAGUUCUUAGUCUCGGGGCUAAUAAUUUCGUUGGGACCAUUCCUACAUCGAUAUUCAAUAUCUCCUCCCUGGAAUCCCUCGAUGUGACCAAAAACCAACUGGUGGGGAGCUUACCAUCAGACUUGGGUUUCACUCUUCCAGUUCUCCAAUUUCUCUCCUUUGGUCUGAACCAUUUCACAGGACCCAUUCCAAAAACACUAUCCAAUUUGUCUGACCUCACGUUAUUUAAUAUCAAUCGAAAUAAUUUCACUGGGGAGGCUCCAUCUUUCCAGAAAAUGAAUGAGCUCCGUAGAGUUACCAUUGGGAGCAAUCAUCUUGGUGGUCGGCAAGUUGGCGAUCUCGACUUCCUCUGCACAUUGACAAACUCUACAAAGCUAGAGACAUUAACGUUUCAUUCCAACAAUUUCAAAGGAAACAUACCUGAAUGCAUCUCUAACCUGUCGACAACUCUCAAGUCUUUCUCAUCUGUCAAGAACAUGUUAUCUGGAGGCUUACCAGGUACCAUCGGCAAUCUCAUAAACUUAGAACAGUUUUUUAUGGAUGGGAACAACAUUUCUGGUAACAUUCCUUCCGAAAUCGGCAAUCUUGCAAGGCUAAAGCAAUUGUACCUAGGUUGGAAUGAAUUCUCUGAAGAAAUCCCACACACCAUGGGAAAUUUAUCGAUGUUGACCCACCUGUCUUUGCGAAGCAAUAGUCUUCAAGGAGCAAUACCUUCAUCUCUAAGCAAGUGUCGGAGUUUACUACUUCUCGACCUUGCCGAUAACAAACUUAGUGGGGCCAUACCUCCUGAAAUUAUGGAAAUCUCAUCUUUGUCGAUAUACGCCGACUUCUCCAGCAAUAAUCUGACAGACAAGCUUCCUAUGGAGGUUGGAAAUUUGAAAAAUCUGGGCAUCUUAAUUCUGCAGGACAAUAGAAUCUCUGGAGAAAUCCCUAGUAGUCUUGGAAGCUGUAUAAUGAUGGAGAAUCUUUACAUGCAGGACAACCUUUUUGAAGGUUCAAUUCCAUCCACGUUGGGUAACUUAAAAGGGAUUCGAAAUCUAAACUUAUCAAACAAUAUGUUGUCUGGGCGAAUUCCAAAAUUCCUUGAGGACCUAAAUCUGACGAGUUUAGGUCUCGCGCUCAAUGAAUUUGAAGGCGCAGUACCAACAGGAGGAAUUUUCAAGAAUGCAAGUGCAACCUCUCUCAUCGGAAAUAAGCAUCUCUGCGGGGGCUUGGCUGAAUUUCGGUUGCCCAAAUGCAACACUGAAGAACCGAGGAGGGUGGGGACCAUGAACUCUGCGAGAAUUAUAAUUAUUUCCUCAGUUUCAGGCCUUCUAGGACUGCUUUUGAUUCUCGUUUUGCUGUAUAUUCUAUGGUGUAAAAGGCAAAGGAAAGCUGCUGCAUCCGAGUUUUCAAGAGAUGGGCUUUGGAAGGUUUCUUACCAAAGCUUGUUGAAAGCAACUAAUGGUUUCUCUUCCAUAAAUUUGAUAGGCUCGGGAAGUUUCGGAUUAGUGUUCCGAGGUGUUUUUGAUUGGAAUCAGACGAUUGUUGCCGUGAAGGUUCUAAACCUGAAGCGGUAUAGAGCAGCCAAGAGCUUCAUUUCAGAAUGCGAGGCCUUGAGAAACAUCCGGCACAGGAAUCUCGUGAAGGUAAUCACUGCAUGUUCCGGCACUGAUUAUCAAGGAAACGAUUUCAAGGCCCUGAUUUAUGAGUUCAUGGUGAAUGGGAGCUUAGAUGGAUGGCUACAUCCAAUAGUCAAGACGAUUAAGACAAAGGAAGAGGCCCCAAGACAGUUGACUCUUCUCCAGAGACUGAACAUCUCUAUAGAUGUUGCUUCUGCUUUAGAUUAUCUCCAUAAUCAGUGCGAUGUGCCCAUAGUCCACUGUGAUCUAAAGCCAAGCAAUGUUCUACUAGACGACGAAAUGACUGCGCAUGUAGGUGAUUUUGGAUUGGUCAGGUUCCUGCCAGAAGCCACAAGGGAGUCAAUUGCUGAUCCAAGUAGCUCGAUCGGAGUGAAAGGAUCUCUUGGCUAUAUUGCUCCUGGUAAAAUCAAAACUCUUCAUUCAUCUUGCUUACUAUGCCCCUUCUUUUACUACCUCUUCAAAGGACAGAUGAAAGCACGUCUGACCAAAUGAAGUCCGUUGAAUUGCUAAUGUAGAAUACGGAGCAGGAGCAGACGUAUCAACUCAUGGGGAUGUCUACAGCUUUGGGAU